AUGGCAUGCGGCUCAAGCUCAACUCGACUCGACCAAGACGACAGCACCUCCGAAACGCAGAACCCCAUAACAAACGUCCCACAGAAAGCUCGUUGGCCUGGCCUGGUCUUUCAGGCGGAGCCGUCCCUCAUCUCUGAAGAUCAGCUCACAGCGGAGAUCAAAGGCAUAUAUGCUGGUCUUGUGGUGGUCGAGGCUAAGUGCAUUAACAUAGAUGGGGCACAAGCGAGCAACCCGACCGUUUUGAGCAAAGAGCAAUGGCAGGCACUCAUUGCUCUGCACCGCGCGCUUUUGUACGAGCAUCACGACUUUCUGAUGGCGACUCAGCAUCCAUCAGCUACAUCGGGGCCAAAGGAACUUCCGGCCAAAUACAGCAUGCCGGCACGUCUGCGGAAGCACGGUAUCCAUGCCUUCCUCGAGAUCUUGCGGCACCGGCGCCCGGAUUCGCAAGACUAUAUGCUAUCAUUUAUCUAUGUGGCAUACCAGAUGACAUCUCUACUACACGAAACAGUGCCGGUAUUCCUCGAUACGUGGUUUGACUGUUUGGGCGAUCUUGCUAGGUAUCGUACGGCCAUAGAAGAAGAGCGAAAGCCUUAUCUCCAAUGGGGUGCAGUCGCCGCUUCCUGGUAUCUCAAAGCCUCUCCUUCGAAUUUGGCGGAUCACAAUCCCAGAAAGUUGUCUUGGACAUCGUAUGAAUGUCCAACAGAGCAGCCAGGGAUCAAGCAGUGGUACGAAACCGAGGCUGCCGAACUUGCAUUGAUCGAGCGAUCCCUCGAUCGGACGACACAUACGCAAAGACCGCUCGGCGAAGUGAAGAUGAUGCGGCUGAUCAGAGGUCCACAAUCUAGAAAACGCUCCAAGCUUCGGUCGCCUUCAACGAAGAUUUUGAAUAGUGAAGUGCAGCCAUGUGCACACGGAAGCGAUAAGAUAUAUGGUGAAGAUUUCAAAAUCCCAAGGAAUUUCAUGAGGCCUUGGCUGGUAGGUGGAGCAGAUCAGGUGGCGGCGAUCAACCAGAGGUUUCGCUUCCCGACCCCUACGUGGACGCCUUCAUCACUUCCGCGCUUGAUGUACAUGCUUGCUGCCAGGCGUCGAUCGAUGGCCUCGAGAAUCUGCAAAGCUCUCACGAGCGUGAGCACUAGUACGAAUGCAGUCUCGUGCCUUAUGGCAGUAUCGCAAUGUCUACUAAAGGUCUCUGCAAUGCAAGCCGUGCCGGCGGAGCACCGCCCAACAUUUGACGAGCGGUACGGAAAUCCAGGUGGGCUGGACGGCAUUGUUGGAUCCCUACCAUACAUUCUGUUAUUCCUCUUGGCGCUGGCAUUCGAAGCGCUUACCGUUCGCGAAUGGCUGCAUGAGCGAUUCACUCUUUUCAACCUCUUCGAGGCUGUCCUUACUAUUGUGGCCUGGCCUGCUCUCGUACGAACAGGGAACGAAGCCCAGUCCGUGACUCCUUUCCUCCAGGCGACAAUACUGGCGAUCUGGUUCCUCAUGAUUUGUGCGGGUGCCCGUAGCCUCAAAUUCCGCUCCCCUCAAGCAUUUGGCAUCGUCGCCAUUGUCAUUGGGGGCAUGGCAUAUGUGGCCAUCAACCUUCUCGAUACUCCUGAUGCUAGUGAGCAUGGCGCAAAGCGAGUCCGGAUGAUCCAGGCAGUAAAGCUAUACGAGCAUGCACUUGUUUGGCUUAUCACCAUGACGAUCUACGGAAUUUUCAAAAUCUUUAUCUGCUUGAGCAGGCGGAAAAAGACGCGCGCCAAGAGGACUACUCGUUCGCCAAACUUUCCUGUCUAG